UCUUGGAUCCUCCAUCCCGGAGCGGGCGGCGCUGAGCGGCUGAGUGGGGGCGGGGGCUGCAGGCUGCCGGAGCCGGCCCGCGGGGCUCCUGACACCCGGCUCGGAAGGCGCAGGGGAGCCCGGGCCAGCCGGGUAGCAGCGGCGGGUGGGGGAGGCCCAGCAUGCGAGCGGAGGCCCGGUGAAGCGGGGCUGGGGGGAGAGGCGAGGACAAGGGAGAGGGAAGCGCUUCGGAGCGGGCCUGCCUGGCUGCCAGUGCUCGGAGCUGGCUGCGGAGAGGCGGCUUGUUUUCCUGGCCGGGCUCUGCAGCGCCCCGCUGCCUUCUCCGACCCGCUUCCUCGCCCCCCUCAGCCCGCUGCGCUCAGCGAGGAUCCCCCCACCAUCCUCCUCACCCCUCUGCGCGCUGGGCUCCUAAGCUGGCUGUAGGAUGAGCCCUGAGGACUCCCAGCGGGAGACGCUGCUCCAUCGCCAGGCUGGAAUAUAGCUCAGAAGUGGGGUGGCGGCGGUGGAAAUAAGGAGCCCCCCCACCCCCUCCCUUAAUGGUGGCCCUUCGUAGCCACUGCCUCGCAGCAGAGUGACACGCAUCCUUUGGGGGGGUGGUAGGUUUUUGUUGGGGAAGGGGUGUUUUGUUUUGCUGUCGCAAGCAGCCGGUGCUCCAGCACAAGCGAAUUAAAAUGUCCACUAGAACUCCAUUGCCUACGGUGAAUGAACGCGACACUGAGAAUGAUGUCGUCUCUUCACUGGGGGAAGGCCUUUGCGAAAAGCACACCUCUCAUGGAGAAGGACGUCAAGAAGUUUCCUCUCGAACUGGGCGCUCUGGAGCUCGCUGUAGAAAUUCUAUAGCUUCCUGUGCAGAUGAGCAACCUCAUAUUGGAAAUUACAGACUUCUUAAAACGAUUGGAAAGGGGAAUUUUGCAAAAGUAAAGUUGGCUAGACACAUCCUUACUGGCAGAGAGGUUGCAAUAAAAAUAAUUGACAAAACACAAUUGAACCCAACUAGUCUUCAAAAGCUUUUCAGAGAAGUAAGAAUAAUGAAGAUAUUAAAUCAUCCAAAUAUAGUGAAGUUAUUUGAAGUAAUUGAAACUGAAAAAACUCUCUACUUAAUCAUGGAGUAUGCAAGUGGGGGUGAGGUAUUUGACUAUCUGGUUGCACAUGGAAGAAUGAAGGAAAAGGAAGCAAGAGCUAAAUUUAGACAGAUAGUAUCUGCAGUGCAGUACUGCCAUCAAAAGCAUAUUGUUCAUAGAGAUCUCAAGGCUGAAAAUCUAUUGCUAGAUGCAGAUAUGAACAUUAAAAUAGCAGACUUUGGUUUUAGCAAUGAGUUUACAGUUGGAAAUAAACUGGACACAUUUUGUGGCAGCCCACCAUAUGCUGCGCCAGAGCUCUUCCAAGGCAAGAAAUAUGAUGGACCUGAAGUAGAUGUUUGGAGUUUAGGUGUUAUUCUUUACACUCUUGUUAGUGGAUCUCUUCCUUUUGAUGGACAGAACUUAAAGGAACUGAGAGAGAGAGUACUAAGGGGAAAAUACAGGAUCCCUUUCUACAUGUCAACAGACUGUGAAAACCUCCUUAAACGUUUUCUGGUGCUAAACCCAACUAAAAGAGGCACUCUAGAGCAAAUCAUGAAGGACCGGUGGAUCAAUGCAGGGCAUGAAGAUGAUGAGCUAAAACCUUUUGUUGAACCAGAGCUGGACAUCUCAGACCAGAAGAGAAUAGAUAUUAUGGUUGGAAUGGGAUACUCUCAAGAAGAAAUUCAAGAAUCCCUUAGUAAAAUGAAAUAUGAUGAAAUCACAGCUACAUACUUAUUGUUAGGGAGAAAAUCAUCAGAGUUGGAUGCUAGUGAUUCAAGCUCCAGCAGCAAUCUUUCCCUUGCUAAAGUUAGGCCAAGUAGUGAUCUCAACAAUAGCACUGGACAAUCGCCUCAUCACAAAGUGCAGAGAAGCAUAUCUUCUAGCCAAAAACAGCGACGGUACAGCGAUCAUGCUGGACCAUCUAUCCCUCCAGUAGUGGCGUAUCCAAAAAGAAGCCAGACUAGCACUACAGACAGUGACCUGAAAGAAGAUGGAAUUCAGACAAGGAAAUCUAGCAGUAGUGCUGUUGGCGGACGAGGAAUUGCUCCGGCUAGCCCCAUGCUCGGAAAUGCUAACAAUCCAAAUAAGGCUGAUAUUCCUGAACGUAAGAAAAGUUCGGCUGUCCCCAGUAAUAAUACCGCACCUGGAGCAAUGACACGCCGCAAUACAUACGUUUGUAGCGAGAGAACCACUGCAGAUAGACAUUCAGUAAUCCAAAAUGGCAAGGAGAACAGCACUGGUCCUGAUCAAAGAACUCCUGUUGCUUCAACUCAUAGCAUCAGCAGUGCAACUACACCUGAUCGCAUUCGUUUCCCAAGAGGAACUGCCAGUCGUAGCACUUUCCAUGGUCAACUCAGAGAGCGACGUACUGCUACAUAUAAUGGACCACCUGCCUCACCCAGUCUAUCCCAUGAAGCAACACCACUUUCACAGACUAGGAGCAGGGGCUCCACUAAUCUUUUUAGUAAAUUAACUUCAAAACUAACAAGAAGAAACAUGUCAUUCAGGUUUAUCAAAAGGCUCCCGACUGAAUAUGAGAGGAACGGGAGAUAUGAGGGCUCAAGUCGCAAUGUAGCUGUGGAUCAGAAGGAUGAAAACAAGGAAGCCAAGCCCCGUUCGCUGAGGUUUACUUGGAGCAUGAAAACUACCAGUUCCAUGGAUCCUAAUGAUAUGAUGAGGGAAAUUCGUAAAGUCCUGGAUGCCAAUAAUUGUGACUAUGAACAAAGAGAGCGUUUCUUGCUUUUCUGUGUCCAUGGCGAUGGACAUGCGGAAAAUCUUGUACAGUGGGAGAUGGAGGUGUGUAAACUGCCAAGACUGUCACUGAAUGGAGUCCGCUUUAAGCGGAUAUCGGGAACAUCCAUAGCUUUUAAAAACAUUGCUUCCAAAAUUGCCAAUGAAUUAAAGCUGUAAGAAAAAGUAAUUAAGUUGUAAAUUAAGUAGCAAUUUCGAGUGUUUUUGAGAACACCGAUGGAAAUGUAUAGAAUAAUAUUUAGGCAAUAACUUCUACAUCUUCUGAAUCAUGAUAUUAAAAAAAAA